AUGCCUGACAGAAAAAUCCAGCUUGUCCGCCUGGCGCACGUCUUCUAUAAGCACAAGAACAUUGAAGAAGCUCGCAAGUUUUACGACGAUUUCGGCUUCUACGAGCUCGAGCGCAAGGGCAACAAGACAUUCUACCGCGGUUAUGGCACGGAACCAGGGGAGGAGGACGAGUUCGGAGGUCCGGCUUUCGUUGUGGAGUCCUUGGAGGACCUCGAGUACGCGUCGAAGACGUUACCAAGUGCAACAGAAAUCCAUGACCUCAAAGACGUACCGGGUGGCGGCAAAUGUGUGACAUUUAAAGACCCCGUCGACGGCUGGCCACUGCAUCUUGUGUAUAAUCAGACACCAGUCGAGAAGAGGGAUCCGGGAUUCCCGAAUCUCAAGUUCAAUUUCCCAGAAGAGAAGCAUCGCGACGUCAACAAGAAGCAGCGUUUCACCAAGCGCCCGGCACCGGUUCACAAGCUGGGCCACUUCGGCGUGUGCCUGACCAACUUUGACAAGGCGUACGAGUUUUAUACUAGGAACUUCAACCUGUACCCUAGUGAGCUCGUCCACGCCCCCGACAACAAAGAUAAGAGCGUGACCGUCUUUUUCCGCCUGGCACGCGGCAAGGAAUUCGUCGACCAUCACUGCUUCUUCUUCCUUGAGGGGCCCAAGUUCCACGUCCACCACUCCUCGUUCGAGACGCACGACUUUGAUACUCAGGUGCUGGGCCACGACUGGCUGAGAGAACAGGGCCAUAAGCUUUGUUGGGGUGUGGGCCGUCAUAUUAUGGGGAGUCAAAUCUUUGACUACUGGUUCGAUCCCUCGGGCUUCAUCAUGGAGCACUACGUCGAUGGUGACCUGCUCGACGACACGGAGAAGACGCACCAUACCCCCGCCGCGCCGGACAACCUACACAUCUGGGGUCCGGAGGUGCCUGCGACUUUCCUGCAGUGA